UUCAUUCAGAGGAGUUAGGUAAUCCACGGAGCGAAGAUGGCUGCGCCACCUGACAGCCGUCCACCUUCAGCCUCGAACCUGCCCGGGUUUGAGGGUUUCCCGUUCCCGGUUACCAACAAACCAGCGGACGGGAGUGCCCUUAAAGAGCAGGAGCAGAGCCGGGACGGGAAAAAGAAGCCAUGUAGAGCCUGUACGGACUUUAAAUCGUGGAUGAAGCAGCAGAAACAGCAGUCAGUAGCUGCUGUCCAGGAAAGCCAGGUUGCAGAAGUGGAGCACCAAGACCCUCAGUGUCCCCUGGACAGGGAAGAGUUGGGGCGAAACUCUUGGUCUUUGUUGCACACGAUGGCAGCAUAUUACCCUGAUCACCCAUCAUCCACUCAACAGCAGGAGAUGAAACAGUUCAUCAACAUCUUCUCUCGUUUUUACCCCUGUGAGGAAUGCGCAGAAGAUCUCAGAGACAGAUUGAAAAUCAACCAGCCAGACACCAGCAACCGCAGCACGCUCUCCCAGUGGCUCUGUCAUCUUCACAACGACGUGAACGUCCGUCUGGGAAAGCCAGAGUUUGACUGCUCCCGCGUGGACGAGAGGUGGAAGGAUGGCUGGAAAGACGGCUCCUGUGACUGAAUGAGCUGAAGGAUGCUGGGAUGCAGCUGCUAUGAAGGGAACAAAAAACACCACUAUCAGAGCGCAAACCUCCUGAAGGGCUUUUUUUUGUGACUCAUGUAGCUGAAAUACCUAAUCUUUUCUUUGUGUUUAUAUUGUACAAUUAUUGUCUGAUUCAAGUAAAAACCUGAACCCAAAAAA